CAAGCACCGUUCCGUAACUCCGUUCUGAGAGGGUGGCGUUUCUAUAUGCGAAACGGGGCAGUGAAGCAGAGGGUGUCGUUUUCUUAAAAAUUAUCCAACGGACAGAAGCUAGCCAACAUUCCCGCGACGUUGAACAUAGAAAAGUACGAACGACCCAAUCGCAAAGCAAUAAGCAAAGUCAAAGAAAGACGAAGAAUAAUCCAAAAUCCGAACAUUUCCAACAAGACGAGACGACCAUGGAUAAUCGUCACCUCCUCGCCCUCCUCCAUUUUUGACACUCCUCCGUUUCCACGUCCCCAAAAUUUAGGGUUCGGGUUUUCCCUCCCUGCAACCCAAAUUUCUGAUCAAUUGGAGUUGCUCCGGGAAAAACUGAUCCUAUCCAUCCAUCAAUGUCUCUCUUCUCUCGCACUCCAUGGCUAUUACUGCUGCUGUUGUGCUCUCUAGGGUUAGGAUUAGGAUUUGGGGACGCUCUCAAGGUCCCCCUCAGGAUCAAGGAUGUGCUUCCGGUUCUGCCACGUCAGAUAUCGUGGCCGGUGCUCAACAAUUUCCACAGUGCUGUGGAUUUGUUGCCUUCUUUUAUCGGGUCGGUGACUCCCGACAAUACAUCAAUUGAAUGGGAAGGAGCUUGCUUUUCUGGUAACCAGGCUCGGCUCGAGUUCACCGAAGGCGAUCGGGACAAACCCAAUUUGGGAGGUGGCGUUCUCUAUCUCAAGACUUCUGAGGCACACAGUUGGGCUUGUAUGGAUCUUUAUGUUUUUGCAACACCCUAUCGGAUAACAUGGGAUUACUACUUCUCUGCUCGAGAACAUACGUUGAAAUUCGACUCGUGGGAAGAGCAGGCAGAGUUGGAAUAUGUAAAGCAGCAUGGGGUCUCUGUGUUUCUCAUGCCAUCAGGGAUGCUGGGGACCAUGCUUUCUUUAAUAGAUGUUUUGCCUCUGUUUUCUAACACUGCUUGGGGUCAAAGUGCAAACAUUGAUUUUUUGAAGAAGCACAUGGGUGCAACAUUUGAAAAACGUUCUCAGCCUUGGCAGACAACUAUAAAUCCAGAAGAUGUUCAUUCUGGUGAUUUUCUAGCAGUUUCAAAGAUCCGUGGUCGAUGGGGUGGAUUCGAGACAUUGGAAAAAUGGGUAACUGGAGCAUUUGCUGGCCAUACAGCAGUGUGCUUGAAGGACGAGAUGGGCAAUCUAUGGGUUGGCGAAUCAGGACAUGAAAAUGAGAAGGGUGAAGAAAUUAUAGCGGUGGUUCCAUGGGAUGAGUGGUGGGAACUGGCACUCAAGGAUAGUUCUAAUCCACAAAUAGCCUUGCUUCCCUUGCAUCCAGAAUUGCGUGCAAAAUUCAAUUCUACGGCAGCAUGGGAAUAUGCUCGGAGUAUGUCAGGGAAGCCAUAUGGUUAUCACAAUAUGAUAUUUAGCUGGAUUGACACUAUGGCCGACAACUAUCCUCCUCCUCUUGAUACUCACUUGGUUGUUUCUGUCAUGUCUAUGUGGACCAGGAUGCAGCCUGCUUAUGCUGCAAAUAUGUGGAAUGAAGCUCUCAACAAGCGGCUGGGGACGGAGGGUUUGGACCUGUACGAGAUUCUAACUGAGGUUGAGAAUCGUGAAAUAGCCUUUGAUCAUUUGCUUACAAUUCCAGAACAAGAUGAAUGGGUAUACAGUGAUGGCAAAUCUACAACAUGUGUUGCUUUUAUUCUUGCAAUGUAUAAAGAAGCUGGGAUUUUUGGUCCUAUUUCCAACUCUAUCCAAGUUACUGAAUUCACUAUUCGUGAUGCGUACAUGCUUAAGAUUUUUGAGGAUAACCAAACCCGCUUGCCAAGUUGGUGUAAUGGCAAGGACGAAAAGCUCCCAUUCUGCCAGAUCCUUGGUGAAUAUCGGAUGGAACUGCCUGAAUAUAACACCAUAGAGCCAUACACUAACAUGAAUGAGCACUGCCCCUCCCUACCUCCUACUUACGACAGACCUCUACGAUGCUAAAUUCAAGUUCCACUAGAUUUGUACCUCCCACUUAGGCAUGUAUUACAUCAUUUAUCAAGUCGUAGUUGUCUAUUGCAAAUUCGUAAGACUUAUGGGUAAGCAAUCUGUUUCACUUGAGCUUAAUAAAAUUAUUGAAUAUAGUUGUGGAUGGAACAAGGAAUUAUGUUUACGAAGUUUGUUAUUUGAAGUGGUUGUAAUUGUACAGUA